ACUGGUGUUUUCUAUCGAUUGUAGCUUUAUACGAGAAACCCUCAACAUUAGUCUACCAUCCAUAUGAUAAUAUCGGAGUGGUGUUGGAGUAUUAAAAUAAUUUAUUAUGGGGAGCCUCAUGAACUUUUUUGAAGAGCACAUACGUUUUGAGAUUCUCACUGUGAUAUGGCUUUUGUACCUCUGGGAACUGUACCUCAGCUUGCGGCAGAGAAAACUUAUGAAAAAUCUCGCUGCUAUUCCAUCGAGUCUAGAUGGUCUGAUGUCAGCUGAUGUGUACGAAAAGGCGCGACUCUAUGCACUAGAUAGAAACGGGUGCAGUAAUAUUCAUGAUCUAUAUACAACAAUUAUCAACACGGUUCUAAUUCUGGCAUUUGCAUUCCACUACUACUGGAAAUGGGGAAUAAUGCUGAUCGAGGCAGUGGGAUUGUCCGGUGACAACGAGAUCCUGACGAGUGCUGCAUGCCUGGUAGUAAUAACAACAGUGUCCUUCCUCAUCGAUUUUCCCUUCAAAGUGUACAAUGUCUUUGUAACCGAGGAGAGACACGGUUUCAACAAGCAGACACUAUCGUUCUUCCUGAGAGAUCAAUUACUCAAAUUCCUGGUAUCCCAGCUGAUAGCACCUCCUCUCCUCUGCGGCUUCAUCUGGAUCGUGAAAAACGGUGGCGAUUUCUUCUUUUAUUUCGUCUGGCUAUUCGUCGUCGUCGUCACCCUCUUCAUGUCAGUGAUUUAUCCAGAGUUCAUAGCACCACUAUUCGACAAGUACUCGCCCCUUCCUGAGGGUGAGCUCAAGACUAAAAUCGAGGCCCUCGCCGCGUCCCUCGGUUUUCCAUUGUAUAAGUUGUACAUUGUUGAGGGAUCCAAGAGGUCUUCCCACAGCAAUGCUUACCUGUACGGAUUCUAUAAGAACAAGAGAAUUGUUCUAUUUGAUACUCUUGUUAAGGGAUACUGCAAGAAUAAGAGUGAUGAUAGCAAGGAGUACGGAUGCGAGGUCGAUGAGGUACUUGCUAUUCUUGCUCAUGAGCUGGGGCACUGGAAAUAUAGCCAUACUAUCAAGGGACUUAUGCUGGCACAGAUAAGUUUCAUCAUGAAUUUCAUUCCCUUCGCCAAGCUCAUUAACUACGCACCAAUGUACACCGCCUUUGGCUUCACCAGCAGUCAGCCAAUCUUCAUUGGUCUCAUCAUCGUCACUAUGUACAUUCUCACACCCCUCAAUACCCUAUUUGGGGUUUUGAUGACUGUCAAUUCACGCAGAUUUGAAUUCCAAGCCGAUGAGUUUGGGAAGAAACUCGGCCAUGCAGCAGCACUCAAACGUGCUCUGGUGAAACUUCAGAAGGAUAAUUUGGCCUAUCCCUUGUUCGAUAAAUUGUACUCUGGAUGGUAUCACAGUCAUCCUCCACUGCUGGAGCGUCUGGAGGCGCUGGACAAAGUCGAUUAGUACCAGCACUGUGAAUUUUUCGAGUAUGCCAGUGUUUUCCAGAGCGUGAUCAUGGGUUUCAUACUUUUAUUACUUUAAUUUGCAAUACGAAUAACUCUAGAACCCAUUUUUUUAUUUAGUGGAUCGAAUGAAACUGAAGGGUAACAAGAAUACACGCAUGAGAGAAAUCAAUUGAGAAACCUUUUUGUGAGAAAUUCGAAUGAGAUUCGAAGUGAAAUUGAUAAAUUAAUGAUUAAGAUUUGUUAACGAGAGCGAAGAUUUUUUUAUGAAAUCUUUUCACAUUUGUAAUUAAUGCAGAAGUGGGGAGUGUAAGUUGUAAUCAUGAAGUUGCAAUCAUAUGCAAUCACCAGGAUGAUUUUUAUAAAACUCAUUAUAGAAAUGCUCUCAUUCUCGCUAUAAAUGUGUAAAAUAUUCUUGCAAUUAAAUUCUGUGAACCAAAGAGGCUUUUUAUACAGAAA